UUUGUCUUGCCAGCAUUAAAACCAGGGCGAUCGAGUAAGAAAGCGUCAGUUUACCGAAAUCUUUCGAUCGGAAAGUGUAGAUAUCAGUCAUGAGGUCUGCUGUUGCCUUAGUUGCUGUAAUCAUCGGCGUCGCUGCCGCUGGAAGGGUCCGACGAGGUGGCGCCAGUGUAGGCGGUUUCGGUGGAGGCUACGGCUAUGGAGGAGGCAACAGUUAUGGCGGGUAUGGAGGAGGAUCGGGAGGUGUCCACGUGUUGUUGGCAGGGAAUGGGGGUGCGGGGUAUGGCAGCGCAGGAGCCCCAGCCCACGUCCUGAAUGCCGGCGGCGGCCUCGGUUUCUACCCUUCGACUUACGGAGCCCAGCAGGAAUGGUACUACAAUGCCGCCAUCCACGCCGGAGACCCAUACGCAGCCAAGACCAUCGGUGCCGGGAACUACGCCAUCCAGUCCGCUGACGCAGCCGCGGCGGAUGCGGCACAUGGCGUCAUCGCCCAGGCUAACGAUCCCAACAUCGCCAAUGCAGUCUCGUACCUCACGCACCACGCUGACGCAGCUGCCCUAGACGCAGCUGCUCACAGUGGAGCCGCUUACAUCGUGACCCAUGCUGACCCUGUGCCUUCUUAUCACUGAAAGAUCUGACCCGCAGGGGUCCCAAACUCUCAGUUGGGAUCUAUCUGGUGAAGGAUGCUUCUAACAACAAUAACUUUUAUACUUUAAUUUCAUCAUUUCUAUUUGAACCAAACAAAAAUCGUCACUUAACUCCAAGAAGACUCAACUUCUAAUCCUGUGGAAAUUUUUCUCUUUCGGUAUUGUUCGCUACUUACAAGUCAAAAUAUUUCUAUAACAGUCAUUGUUAUCCACUGAAAACUCUUAUUUAUUUUGAUGAAUCUUGUUCAUUAUCAAGGUAAAAUGCUUUUUUUUUAAUUACUUCUGUUUAUUCGAGAAAGACGUUCACAAUAUGCAUUCGUCUCCAGCAAAGGGAUUGUGUGUGUUUUCUUCCGUCCACAAAGAGAUAAAUAAAAUGCUUAGUGUUAAGGUACAAA